UUGUCAUUACCCAUGGGAUAAAGAAAGGGGCCCUGUUAUUCAACAAUAGGGGAAAAGAUGGAGACAAUGGGAAAUUGUUCUUCCAAUGGGGUGGGGACAGAGCAGGAAAGGACAGACAGACAGACAGACAGACAGGGGGCUGGGCAGAAGGGGUCAAGUUUCUUGAAGCAGCUGGAGGUCCUGGAAAUCUGGUUCCCACUUUGAGAGCUUCUUCCUAUAGGCAAUGCGCCCUCAGACACCGGAAGGCAGAGGUCUUCAAGUCCUGGGCCUUUAAGGUGCUUGGAUCUCUCAGGAGCCCAGGCAACACCUUCAUCCAGAACCUCAACUGGGACCAAAAGCUGCAAGUCAUUGCUGACUCUGCCUCUGUGAAGAGACCAACUUCUAACAGACAGUGUUGGACUGAAUCCCCAUCAUGCCAGGCUGGCUCACCCUUCCCGCACUCUGCAGCUUCCUUUUCCCUUGGUCCUUCACCAUCUUCCAUAAAGCCCUGGGGGAGCCAGCGCCCCACCCUGGCCCCCACUACCUCCUGCCCCCCAUCCACGAGGUCAUUCACUCUCGUCGUGGGGCCACGGCCACGCUACCCUGCGUCCUGGGCGCCCCGCCCCCCAGCUACAAGGUGCGCUGGAGUAAGGUGGAGCCCGGAGAGCUCCGAGAAACACCGAUCCUCAUCACCAACGGACUCCACGCUCGCGGCUACGGACCCCUGGGGGUACGUGCGAGGAUGAGGAAGGGGCAUCGGCUAGACGCUUCCCUGGUCAUUGCCGGCGUGCGCCUGGAGGAUGAGGGCCGGUACCGCUGCGAGCUCAUCAAUGGCAUUGAGGACGAGAGCGUGGCGCUGACCCUGCGCCUGGAGGGUGUCGUGUUUCCGUACCAGCCCAGCCGGGGCCGGUACCAGUUCAAUUACUACGAGGCCAAGCAGGCGUGUGAGGAUCAGGAUGGCCGCCUGGCCACCUACGCGCAGCUGUACCAGGCGUGGACCGAGGGUCUGGACUGGUGUAACGCUGGCUGGCUGCUUGACGGCUCCGUACGCUACCCUGUGCUCACGGCGCGUACUCCUUGCGGCGGCCGGGGACGGCCAGGCAUCCGCAGCUAUGGAUCCCGCGACUGGAAGCGCGACCACUACGACGCUUUCUGCUUCUCCUCUGCGCUGGCUGGCCAUGUCUUCUUCGUUCCCGGACGCCUGACGCUAUCCGAUGCCCACGAGGCGUGCGGGCGGCGCGGGGCUGUGGUGGCUAAGGUUGGGCACCUCUACGCCGCUUGGAAGUUCUCAGGACUGGACCAGUGCGACGGCGGCUGGCUGGCGGACGGCAGCGUACGCUUCCCUAUCACUACACCACGGCCGCGCUGCGGGGGCCUCCCGGAUCCCGGGGUGCGCAGCUUCGGCUUCCCCAGCCCCCAACAGGCAGCCUAUGGGACCUACUGCUAUGCCGAGAAGUAGAGACCCAGCGCCUGCGACAAAACCUGGGAGUCGUGGCAGGG